CCACCUGAAGUAAGAUGUCUCGUUUGGAAGCUAAGAAGCCAUCAUUGUGUAAGAGUGAACCACUGACAACUGAGAGAGUCAGGACCACACUUUCUGUCUUGAAAAGAAUUGUAACAUCAUGCUAUGGCCCUUCGGGUAGGCUGAAGCAGCUGCACAAUGGCUUUGGAGGUUACGUGUGUACAACCUCACAGUCCUCAGCUCUGCUCAGUCACCUUUUGGUCACACAUCCCAUUUUAAAGAUCCUGACAACCUCCAUACAGAAUCACGUGUCAAGCUUCAGUGAUUGUGGCUUAUUCACAGCCAUUCUUUGCUGCAACCUGAUUGAAAAUGUUCAGAGAUUAGGCUUGACACCCACCACUGUCAUUAGAUUAAAUAAACAUCUUUUGAGUCUUUGCAUCAGUUAUCUCAAGUCUGAGACCUGUGGUUGUCGAAUCCCAGUGGACUUUAGUAGUACUCAGAUCCUCCUUUGUUUGGUGCGCAGUAUAUUAACAAGUAAACCUGCCUGUAUGCUCACCAGAAAGGAAACAGAGCAUGUCAGUGCUUUGAUCCUGAGAGCCUUUUUGCUUACAAUUCCAGAAAAUGCUGAAGGCCACAUCAUUUUAGGAAAGAGUCUAAUUGUACCUUUAAAAGGUCAAAGAGUUAUAGAUUCCACUGUAUUACCUGGGAUACUCAUUGAAAUGUCAGAAGUUCAAUUAAUGAGGCUAUUACCUAUCAAAAAAUCAACUGCCCUCAAGGUGGCACUCUUUUGUACAACUUUAUCCGGAGACACUUCUGACACUGGAGAAGGAACUGUGGUGGUCAGUUAUGGGGUUUCUCUUGAAAAUGCAGUCUUAGACCAGCUGCUUAACCUAGGAAGGCAGCUAAUCAGUGACCACGUAGAUCUUGUCCUGUGCCAAAAAGUUAUACAUCCAUCUUUGAAGCAGUUUCUCAAUAUGCAUCGUAUUAUUGCCAUAGACAGAAUUGGAGUGACUCUGAUGGAACCCCUGACUAAAAUGACAGGAACACAGCCUAUUGGAUCCCUAGGCUCAAUAUGUCCUAAUAGUUAUGGAAGUGUGAAAGAUGUGUGCACUGCAAAAUUUGGCUCCAAACAUUUUUUUCAUCUUAUUCCUAAUGAAGCAACAAUCUGCAGCUUGCUUCUCUGCAACAGAAAUGACACUGCCUGGGAUGAGCUGAAGCUCACGUGUCAGACGGCACUGCAUGUCCUACAGUUAACACUCAAGGAACCAUGGGCUUUGUUGGGAGGUGGCUGUACCGAAACUCAUUUGGCUGCAUAUAUCAGACACAAGACUCACAACGACCCAGAAAGCAUUCUCAAAGAUGAUGAAUGUACUCAAACAGAACUUCAAUUAAUUGCUGAAGCAUUUUGCAGUGCCCUAGAAUCUGUUGUUGGCUCUUUAGAACAUGAUGGAGGUGAAAUUCUCACUGACAUGAAGUAUGGACACCUUUGGUCAGUUCAGGCAGAUUCUCCCUGUGUUGCUAACUGGCCAGAUUUGCUUUCACAGUGUGGCUGUGGAUUAUACAAUAGCCAGGAAGAACUCAACUGGUCUUUCUUAAGAAGCACACGUCGUCCAUUUGUGCCACAAAGCUGCCUUCCACAUGAAGCUGUGGGCUCAGCCAGCAACCUGACCUUGGACUGUUUGACUGCAAAGCUUAGUGGCCUACAGGUGGCUGUAGAGACAGCCAAUUUGAUUUUGGAUCUUUCAUAUGUUAUUGAAGAUAAAAACUAAGAGAAUAGCAUGUUCGUAUUACAAGAGAAACAAAUAAACUAGUCUGUUGGCAAUUGAGAAAAA